AUGGGACUGGAUGACAUUUUUACUCCUGAACUUUUCUGGUAUAAAAGUGUCCCUCGAGGAGGGUCUGACUGUCACCGGGAGGAGUUCGGCAAUAAAAUGCAGAUCUGUGGAGAUUUGCCAAAGUCCAGAAUGAUGGGGUCGCCCAAGUUCCACCUGCUCCUCGUCCUGUCCAUCUCCAUGGCGUGCGUGCUCCGCGGCUCCCCCGUCCCCCCGUCGAAGGGAGCUGGAAAAUCCGAUUGUUUUCUCCUCCAGCCGAGCUCCUGCCCACCCCGGCCAGCCCCGGGAGACACGCUCGAUUUUCUGAAGCCCGCUUUGGAGAAGAUGCUGAUGAAAAGGUCUUUCCGCAACGGCGUUGGCAUGGGGAUGAAAAAAACUUCCUUUCAAAGAGCAAAAUCAUGAGCAAGUGUGCAAAGGACGCUGGGAACGGAUCCCAGCGCGGAGCCCGCCUUGCCCCCGCGGACGGUCCCUCUCUCUCCCCCAGUGCCGCUGCUUUGGGCUCUCUGUGACCACACAGAGGAAAUCAAGUGGUUGUUGUUUUUCUUUUUAAAUGUAAAUCUGUCCCCAAAUGCCACCGUGAAAAGUAAACUGCUUAUGUGA